AAAUAUGGAAUAAUGUCAGUAUCUGCAAAAUGAUUCCAUUAAUGGAAGCAUUUUGGAGAUAAGUACCCACUCUUAAUAGACCCAAUACCUCCGUGGCGCUGCAGUUUAUCUAUCUGGGCAUCAGUUUCACUUGUCUUCUUCAACGUUAUACAUGGCUGUGGCUCCCAUAUGCCAUAAAAUGUCCUACAAAGAUCAAUUUACUUUAACUGCAAAAGAAAUAAAGCAGACUGCGAGAGGCUAUACAUGUUGCUACCCUGCCAUCCAAGAGGGUUUUAGAUGCUUUUCGGCAAUUCCCACUGAUUCAGGCAGGAAAUGGUUAAGUUAUACUGAUAUAUUAUUAAGAGCAAAUACGAGAAAAGAUGCAGAUGUUUCUCAAGGAAUAAUUUGUAACAGAAGAUCCACGACUUCCCAUAUGAUGACUGAAGUAUCUGUCUUGCCCAGGGUGCAGACGGCAGGUUGCCAUUUAAGAUUCAGUUGCGGUAAUCUUUCACAAAGAGGACUGUGCACUGCCCAACUUUCAUCAGAACCUAAUUCUAACGAGAAACAAUUGAAAGCACUGGAUUCCUAUUUCGGGAAACUCCAAAAUGAUGCCAGUCAGCCUUCGUCAGAUUCUUUGGACAAGAGAUUCGAGCAUUUUGAUUCAAGGGGUCAAUUCAAAGCAAAAAAGUGGCUAGGAUCUCUUGAUAAUUAUCUUGCCAAAGAAAAGAAAGAAGAUAAAUUUGUGCUUUUAUUGGGGUUACUUCACAUAUCCUUCAAGUUCAUGAUUCAUCAUAGAAGAAAAUGUUUCCCGUUUAAAAUCAUCACCACCAUAUCACGAUACCUGAUGAUGCUUACCAAUCUAUGCCCUGAUAGAAAGCCAAAAAACUACUUGUCAUCUGCUUCUGAUGGUGAAACUUCUGAAGUAGCAUCUCGUUAUGCCAAAAGAGAUUCUGGAAGAGAUGGAAGGCAGAAACUGAAAAACUAUGUGGACAAUAAGGAUGCUGAGGGUUCAUACGAUGAAACCUCCGAUCUCUACUUAAUAAGCAUAUUGGUUUCAAUAGACAUUGCAGUUUUUCUGUUUGAAAUAGCAAGUCCAAUUAGAAACUCAGAUCUCUUUUCACUCCCACUGAUGUAUGGAGCAAAAGUAAAUGACUUGAUCAUAAUUGGAGAAUGGUGGAGGCUAUUGACACCAAUGUUUCUGCACUCAGGAAUUCUUCAUGUAGCCCUCGGUUGUUGGGUUCUUCUUACUUUUGGGCCUCAAGUUUCAAGAGUAUAUGGUUCAUUCACAUUUUUCUUAAUAUAUAUCCUCGGGGGAAUUUCUGGCAACUUGACCAGCUUUCUGCACACACCGGAGCCAACUGUUGGUGGGACUGGGCCAGUCUUUGCCAUAAUCGGAGCUUGGCUUGUUUAUCAAAUUCAAAACAGAGAUGUACCCACAAAGGAUGUUUCUGAAAGCAUGUUUCAGAAGGCAAUAAUUGCUACUGCUCUCAGCUUCGUCUUGAGCAAUUUCGGUCCAAUUGAUGACUGGACCCAUUUUGGAGCAGCUUUUACAGGCGUAGUAUACGGCUUUCUCACGUGCCCAACGCUGCAAGUGGAGGAUUCAUCAAAAACUGGUCAAGAAGAAGGAAUCACCCUUGUUAGGCGAUAUGCCGAUCCUUGUAAAUCACUUAUAGUAUUCUCCCUCUUUGUUCUGCUUUUAAGCUCCUUGGUUUUUAUUAUCGACCCUCCUCUCAACUCACUGGCAGAUGACAUCUCUAUAUAGACAUCGAAAUAUGGUAACAUAUAGCAAUCUUUUAUGUAGCAUAGAACUCUCGUGUUGGGAAACAAGUAUGAUUAUUUGUAAAUUUGGAAUAAUGUCAUUGUUUAUAGCCUUCAUUUUCACCA